UAUUUCGGCGCUCAGUUUCUUUUGUCAGUGUGUGGUGCGAAGUUACAUGUUAAUAAUAUGGAUCUAGCGUGCGCCGAAACGUCAAACAGAUGCAUACGAGCUGUCAGAGACCGAGCGAUUUUCGACGACGAGAGGGUGAUAAAUAACUUGUUGAACGAUGAAAUUUUCUACAUUCCGACUUGUGAUUAUUUUACGGAGGUUCAAAACGAUAUUCAGCCGUUCAUGAGGAAGGUUGUCACUACUUGGAUGCUGGAGGUGUGCGAAGAGCAAAUGUGCGAAGAACAGAUUCUUCCCCUGGCCGUGAACUACAUGGAUAGAUUUCUAUGCGUUUGCCGAAUCAGGCGUCAGCAUUUGCAGCUUCUUGGAGCCACAUGUUUGCUGAUAGCUUCCAAAUUACGAAGUACAAAUUUCCUGCCAAUUGAUCUGUUAUGUGCCUAUACUGAUUACAGUGUUACCUAUGAGCUUGUAGCGAAUUGGGAACAAUUAGUACUGUCCAAGCUACAGUACAACCUGUCGGCCGUAACGGGAUUCGAUUACAUCGACCAAGUGAUCGAGAGGUGCUCCUGGAGUGGCGAGAGUCACCUGUUGCGCCGCCAUGCCCAUACUCUGAUCUCCAUUUGCUCAACCGAACCAUCCCUUAUCAGGACAACCCCCUCCGUAAUAGCGGCUGCUUGCCUAAGUUCGGCCAUCCGAGGCCUCAAACUGCCCUGCCAAAUCGUGGCCGUCAAAGACAUCUGUCAAAUGCUCAACGUCAGCGUCGACACCAUCGAGCGUCUGAUCAACAUCGUUGAUAAUGUGGUUGAUAAGGUUGCCAGUCCUGCAGCGCCAGCGCAAAGUCAACCUGAACAAUCUUCGACGAAACAUCAACCUGCUGGAUACGAAAGUCCGGGAUACGGUCAACCAGAGACACCUACCGAGGUGGAGAAUGUGUAUUUUUGAUAUGCCAAUGUCGUAAGUCAAAAAUUGGAUAAUGUCUGAAGAGUACAGCUUUAUUUGAAACCAUAUUGGUUUAAAAGUUACUUAAUGAGGAGAAAAUGGUAUAAUAUGUGUAUGGUUAAAGUUCAAAAUAAUUUGUUGUCUCAUAUUUUGUACGAGGGUUGUCUUUUAUAUUUUGCAUAUACCGGCUGGUGCAUCAUCGUUGGAAACAUAGGAAAUUCCAUGCAAAUUUUCAACUGUUCAGAUAUUGGCUCCCCUAUUGAUUUUACAGCGACGCCGUAA